AUGUUCUAUGAUUUGAACGUCCCGUUUAGCUCGGAUGAUCCCGAGAUCCCUCACACCUUAAGUUUUCUUGCGGAACUUGGUUACACAACCGUCGCUCUCUCCCAAACUAUCAGUGGAAAGCUCCCUCCAAACCCCACUCCCCCGCCUUUGCCAACAAAUGUCCCCAACUCGCUCAAGCUCCUCACGCGCCUGAAUCUGACGCUUUCCGAUCCCGCCCAAAACCAACGCCUAAACAGCCUAGCACAAGCGUACGACUUGAUUGCUUUAUGUCCUACGAAUGAGAAGGCGCUUUUGAACGCUUGCACCAAUUUAGAAUGUGAUCUGAUCUCGCUGGAUCUCUCCGUGAGACUUCCAUUCCACUUCAAGUUUAAAAUGCUCUCCGCCGCUAUUUCACGUGGAAUUCGUUUGGAAAUUUGCUAUGGGCCCGGAGUCACAGGGAGUGGUCCCGACGCCCGGAGGAACCUCAUUGGGAAUGCCAUGUCUUUGAUCCGGGCAACGCGCGGGAGAGGAAUCAUUGUGUCGAGCGAGGCCAGGCGAGCAUUGGGUGUACGGGCACCUUGGGAUGUGAUCAAUCUUGCAUGUGUCUGGGGAUUGUCACAGGAGCGUGGCCGGGAGGCUAUCUCUGAGGAGACACGAAAAGUGACCGCAUUGGCAAAUUUGAGGAGAACCAGCUGGCGCGGAAUAAUCGAUGUCGUUCACGGCGGCGAGAAGCCUAAGGCUGUAGAACAGACCAAAAAGGAAAAGGGCGCGAAGAACAAGAGGGUCGUACCCCAGACGGAAAGCAAUGGGGACAACCUGAAGAGGAAAGCAUCGCUUGGAUCAGAGGCCAAUUCGGAGGAGGCCGAAAAAACUCUUUCUAAAAGAGAGAUGAAACGCAGAGCAAAAAAGGCUAGAUUGGCGGCCGGAGAAGACGAUAUUGCGGAUACACCUCUUUCGGCUACUUGA